AUGUCCCUCCCCGUGGUGCUCCCGGGCUCCUGCUGCCCGGUGGCCGGGCUUUCGGGCGGGCCGCAGGCCGGGGGCUCGGGCGCCGCGGCCGCAGCAGCGCAGGAGCCGCCGCUGCCCCCGCUGCGGCCGCGCUGGCCCCGGGGCGCGCUGCCGCCACCGGCGCGGCCUCGCUGCGCUGCCGCCGCCGCCUCCGCCGCCGGGGUGCUGGCCGCGCCGCCUGCGCUCUCCUCCCGGCGGGCCGCCGCCGCCUCCGCCGCUGCGGCCGGCGCGGCCCCGGGCUCCGCGCUGCUGCCCGCCCGCCCGCUCUUGUCGCUCGGGCUGCUGCAGCUGAUCCUCGGCUGCUGCAUGGUGGCGCUGAGCUUCGGGGCGCUGUCGCUGAGCAGCUCCCCGCAGGUGAAGAACUCGUGCCCGUUCUGGGCUGGCUCUUCGGUGAUACUCUCUGGAAUCAUAGGAUUAACAACUUGGAAAAGGCCUAUGAUACUCCUGGUAAACCUCUUUGUGCUGCUCUCCGUGGUUUGUGUGCUCCUGAAUCUUGCUGGGUUUAUCCUCGGCUGCCAAGGGGCCCAGUUCGUGUCCAGCGUACCCAGGUGUGACCUGGUGGACUUAGGUGAAGGCAAGAUUUGCUUCUGUUGUGAAGAAUUUCAGCCAGCCAAAUGCACGGACAAAGAAAAUGCCUUGAAACUCUUUCCAGUUCAGCCUUGCAGUGCUGUGCAUCUUCUACUUAAGAAAGUUCUCUUCGCCCUGUGUGCCUUGAACGCGCUGACCACCACCGUCUGCCUGGUGGCUGCCGCCCUACGCUACCUCCAGAUCUUCGCCACCCGGAGAUCCUGCAUCGAUGAAGCCCAGAUUUCCGCAGAGGAGCUGGAAGAACACGGGCGGAUCCCAGACCCCGACGACUUCGUGCCGCCCGUGCCUCCGCCGUCCUAUUUUGCUACGUUUUACUCGUGCACUCCUCGGCUGAGCCGCAGGAUGGCCGCCUCUGACAUCAUCCCCGUGCCGCACAUCUACGGAGCACGAAUCAAAGGCGUGGAGGUGUUCUGUCCCCUGGACCCGCCGCCCCCAUACGAAGCGGUGGUGAGCCAGAUGGACCAGGAGCAGGGACCCGCGUUCCGGAUUCCAGAAGGGGCAGAGACUGCUACAAGCCCGCUGGAAGUGGUCUGUGCCCAAGUGACUCAAGGUGAGGACAUCCCAGGUACACCUGGAGAAGAAAGCACAUCCUUAUCAACUCCCAGCUCAAACCUGGGGCCUCCCAUGCGAAGCCGGAGAGCCCCCCCACCCCUGCGGACAAGAUCAAAGAGUGACCCCGUGCUCCAUCACUGCGAGGAGAGAGCUGCCCCCGUGCUCAGCUGUGAAGUGGCCACUCAGACUGAGAGGAGACUGGACCUGGCCGCGGUGACUCUGAGGACAGGCCUGCGACCCAGAGCUUCGCGGGGCAGGCCACGGUCGCUGAUAGAUUACAGAUCUUACAUGGACACCAAGCUGCUGGUGGCGAGGUUCCUGGAGCAGUCCUCCUGCCGCAUGGCCCCAGACAUCCAUGAACUUGUAGAAAACAUUAAGUCCGUCCUGAAGUCCGACGAGGAGCACAUGGAGGAAGCCAUCACAAGUGCCAGUUUCCUAGAGCAGAUAAUGGCCCCAUUGCAGCCCAGCACUUCCAGGGCGCAGGCGCUGCCCUCACGGAGACAGCCCGGCCUGCUGCACCUGCUGAGCUGUGGCGACCUGAGCACCUUCGCCCCGGUGGGGAGGCCGAGAGCCGAGAGGAGGCCCCGGCGGGCAGAAGCUGAGCGGCCACACAGCCUCAUCGGUGUCGUCCGGGAGACUGUCCUGUGACCCCCGGAAGACGGAAGGCCACGCCAAGGGGAGGGACUCUCCUCUCUGCUUCCUGGCUGGGAGUUGGGGUCCCCUUCUGGGGACUCCCCCAACGGAGGGGCACGCCCACGCCUUCGCUUCCCUUUGGGCUGCCCGAGGGCAUUCAGGGGUGGACAAGUUGGUCCUUCCAGGGCCGUGAGGGUGUGGGCAGCACGGAGCUGGGGGCUGUGAAGGCAUCCGGUCGUGCUCUGCAGGGGGCCUCCCACGCCCUGCUGUGGGCAGGACCUGGGCUGCAGCUCCUUGGCCACCUCACCCCUCCUGCCUGUCCUUGUUGCCACAUUCUUGCCCUCACUGGAAGGGCAGAGCUGCUGGGCUGCUAUUUAUAGUGGCCUGCGGCUUUUCACUGAGAGAGUGAGCGAGCGAGCGAGAGAGCAGUUGGCAGGGGACGCGAUGAUUAACCCUGAUCUGUCUGCUACCCUCACACCUCGUUUUGGGUUCCCCUGCCAUCCCACUCGCCUUAGGAAGGGCAGGAAACUUUCCACGCGGCAACAUUUCCUGAAGGGCGUUUAGGGAGCAAAUUAAUUUUGAUUCCGUGUAUUCAUGCUUGCAACAUUAGAGACUGCUAAGGCAGAACAGAGAAU